CUCAGGGCAUCGGGCAUGAGAGAUAAAUAGUUUGUGCCUGCCAAAGACUCCCAGCUUGUCUCCACAUCCUUCGUGCUACCCAAAGUUCAAGUCGACAGAGUUCUGCCACACGCCUUGCCCAGAGAAACGAACGCAGGACGGAACUAACAGAGAUGUCCUCAAUUAAGAUUGACUGGUCGAAGGUCGAUAGGCCAGAGCAGCUGUUGAUGCGCUUUCCCAGUCGACGCUCGGUCGUGUAUGGCACAAAAGGCAUAGUCUCCUCGUCGCAGCCACUAGCCACCGAGGCAGGCUUAGAGAUUCUGAGGAAGGGGGGUAACGCAGCCGAUGCUGCUGUGGCGACGUCAGCGGCUCUGAAUGUCACAGAACCGAGUUGUUGCGGGAUUGGAGGAGAUGCCUUCUGUCUAUUCUUCGACGCAAAGACCAAGACAGUCAAAGCUCUCAAUGGUUCGGGACGCUCGCCACAAAAGCUCACAAUCGAUCAUGUUCGCAGUCGUGGCAUCACUGGACACAAGAUCCCCACCACGGACCUCAAUGCGGUGACCGUACCGGGAGCAGCGGCUGCGUGGGUGGAUACCGUGGAGAAAUUUGGUAGUGGCAAACUCACGGUGGGAGAUGUGCUCGCGCCGGCGAUCAGGCUUGCAGAGGAAGGUGUACCAGUAUCAGAGCUUCAUAGCUUUGCUUGGCAACGCUCCGAGAAAUUGAUUCAGAAUGCGUCCCCAAACGGUGAUGAGAUGUUGCUCAAUGGCAAGGCCCCGCUACCAGGCCAGAUAGUCACCCUCUCCAACCUCGGAAAGACCUUCCGCGCGCUAGCAGAGCAAGGCAAAGACGGGUUUUACAAGGGAAGAAUUGCCGAAGCCAUUGUCGAGCUCAUUCAGAGCAAGGGUGGUGUGAUGGAGCUCGAGGACCUGGCCAAACAUGAGACGAAGAUCGUGGAGCCUAUCAAGUUCACAUAUGCGGAUGAGGUGACACUUUACGAGUGCCCUCCUAACGGUCAAGGCAUCACCGCUCUCAUUGCUCUUGGGAUCCUUGAAGCCCUCCAAGAGCAAGGAACUAUCAAGAACCUCCUUGAGAUGGAGCAUAACUCUCCUGAAUACCUGCACGUUUUGGUCGAAGCUCUCCGUCUUGCUUUCGCCGACAGCCAAUACUUCGUGACUGACCCAGACGUCGAAGAUGUCCCGGUGGAUCAGUUGCUCAGCAAGGAGUAUCUUGCAUCCAGAGCAAAACUCAUUAAUCCGACCAAGACCAACCCAACUGUGGUCCAUGGCGACCCAGUGCACUCGUCUGAUACCGUCUAUUUCUCUGUGACCGACCAAUGGGGUAAUGCAUGCAGCUACAUUCAGAGUAACUACGCCGGUUUCGGAACGGGAGCUGUCCCGAAGGGCUGUGGCUUCACUCUCCAGAAUCGCGGAUCUGGCUUUGAACUCAAAGACGACCACCCGAAUGCACUCAAGGGAGGUAAACGCCCGUACCACACCAUCAUCCCCGCUCUUGCCACCCGCGGAGACGAAUUAUUCCUAUCAUACGGUGUUAUGGGUGGUUUCAUGCAGCCGCAAGGUCACCUUCAAGUCCUGCUAAACAUGCUCCGCGGGUAUACACCACAAACCGCCCUGGAUGCCCCUCGCUUCUGCAUCUCUGCUGGAAGUCCCGAUACCAUGUCUUCGAAGACAGGCGAAGCAGGAGACAUCAACAGUGAAGUCAAUUUUGAGGAGGGCAUCCCUGUUGAGACUGUCAACAAGCUGCGCGAAAUGGGACACGAUGCACGCUCGGUCACAGGGUUUGGGAGGAGCUUGUUUGGUCGUGGUCAGGUCAUCCAGAAGAUCAACGAUCAAAGUGGUAGGUUCGUGUGGGCCGCAGGUUCGGACCUUCGUGCGGAUGGACAUGCCGCAGCGCAAAUAUAGGAGACCAUCGGAACGUUGGAUGCAUCCGUCAAGCAGAAGUGACCAUCAGGGAAAUCGAUAUAUGUAUACCUAUGUUUAUGUGAAAUGUAUUGUUCUCGACGACAUAGAUGCAAGUGAUUGAGUACGUAUGAGGCUUGGUAGUGUAUAGUCUUGAAACAACAAGCAAUGCGAGGGUAUUGAAAGGUAAGCAUACACUGGCAUACGUUCACAUUCUCUUCCUCCGCUCCGUACCGAUCAUCUGCUCACGACGAUAUUCUCUCAGAUGUUUCGUCCUAUCCGGACCCACUAUCUUCCCCCAGCCCGCAAGGGGAACGACGAUGGCAGUGAGGUUAUCGGGGCUUCCCAUAUCUUCGGCGAAAGAGAUGAUGCUCUGAGCGGCUCGUUUGGGGUCUGGACAAUUACGAGCGAGGUCGACUAUUUCUUGAUCAGAGGCAUGGGCUGAGAUGCCGUCGGAUACGCAAACCAUGUAUGCCCAAUCUUCGCCUGUCAGGAGCUUGGUGCGGACUUCGGGCUCUGGGGUGACCCCGAAUGGUUUCCAUUUGAGAUCACCAAGGCUUCUAGUAUUCUCCAGAGCUCCCAUCCAUCGAGUAUCACCAAAGGAAUCAGUGAUCAAAGCGGUGGCCAUCAUACGUCGCAGACGACUCGAUUCGAUGUGGGUCUCUGCAUGAUGACGCUCGGUCAUAGGAAGAACUCUGCCACGAUCCGUCGAGCACAGCAGAAUCCGGGUAUCCCCAACAUGAGCCACAGUCAAUGCGAGCUUCUGUGAGGAGAAGAAUGGUGUUGCGGGAGCAUCGAGAGAAUGAAGAAUGGCGACUGAAGCCGUAGAACCACAGGUCUUCGCUAUCGGUUCUCCAGAGAGAUUCCGGUCAACCUCAAAGAAAGCGAGUGUAGCGCGUGCGUUCAAAUCCAUCUCUUCUGGACAGUUUGGAUCCUUCACCCAGGGAGCUAACGGCCCACCCUGAAAUCGCUUGAAAUAUCCACCAAUCUCCUUAAUCCAAGCGUACGUUUCCGGGAUCUGGUGUUUAUUCACGGACUCAAACAAACCGUGAAACUCUUGUCGCAGGUAUUGUGAGACCGUGGAACCGCCAUGCCCGUCGUAUAUUCCUACGAAAACAACCUGACUCGAGUACGGUUCGCCCACGCUCUCGGGAUUCCAGUCGAUCCCGUGGUGUCUCUUGACGCUGAGACGUAGUUCUUCCGGGUUCAGCGACAAGGCCGCAAAAGAAUGAAAGUCUUCUUGGUAAGCUCUCUCACCGCGGGAGACGGCAGUCCCUAUGAUUUUGGAGAAUAGCGGGACCCUGACGGGGCCCCCUGGGGUAGCAUAACGGACAUAGUCGUGAUAGGCCCGGGCAUGAAGUGAAGGUGGGGUAUGUCGGAAAGUGGCAGGGAGAGAUAAGAGUCGAAGAGCCAUUCACGGGAGUAUCGCCCUCGACGUCUGCGUCGGCAUCGCCUGCAGGUUGCGAGAAAGCGGCUAGGGACAGCGUCAAC